GUUACUUACUUGACGAUGCUGUGUCCUCAACAUGCCUCGAAGACUCGAAUGCAGCCAAGCUUGUGAUUCUUAAUUCGCAACUGCGAGCAAUUAGUGUGAAGAGCAGUCACCGAUGCAGGAGAGAGAGAACACUUCUAACCCAUUUCAUUCAAACAACAAACAUGAAUAACAAAAAAACUAUUCGACAUUUCAUUGUGUUUGUCAGCGCCGCCUGUAUUGUUCUCUUCUAUCAAAUGUCGACCAGGAGUUUUCUCAAGGAUUCAUGUGUGUGUAACUGCGCAGUGGAUUUGGAGGGUCGUUUGUGGUUUUCUCAGCGAUAUAAUCCCUCUGCUAACGUGACACUUAACAGCAAGAACAGCCCACUGGAUUUCCAUACGUAUUGGUGGUGGAAGAGCCUACAAAAUGAAUCAACUGUAGCCAACUACACAAAAGUGGUGGAGGUGUUGUUUUUGCUCUUCCCAGAUAAAGAGCACUACUCUGACAGCAGUCCCAGGCGCUGCAGGACCUGCGCUGUGGUGGGCAACUCGGGCAACCUCAACGCAUCCCGUUAUGGAGCGCUCAUAGAUUCACAAGACUUCGUUAUAAGGAUGAAUGAGGGCCUGACAGAAGGCUUUGAGCAGGACGUGGGGUCUAAGACCACUCACCGCAUCAUCUACCCCGAGAGCACCGUGGACAUGGACGAGACGACCCACCUCAUUCUGCUGCCCUUUAAGAUCCUGGACCUGCAGUGGCUCAUCAGCGUCUUCACCUCCAAACACAUCGAUCU